GGCACUUCGAGUGUGGACUCGAACGCUCAACGAAACACGACCUGCAAGGAGCAGCGAUGAAGGCCUUCACAUCUCUUUGCACACUUCUCCUACUUGGUUCCGCUCAGGGUCAAUACGGGAACUUGUGGAACGGGGGAGCUUUUAACCCAUGGAACAAUCCGAAUCAUCCGGCAAACCAAGGAAUUGCUAGGGGGAUCGCAGCGCGGAAUUUCUUCCCCUGGCCCGGUGCUCCAUUUAUCCGGCCGGGCUUCAACCCGUCAAACGUCGCUGAUCACGCAGCCAUCGAAGAGCUACCAGGAGAACGCCGAGGAGCUCUCGUCGAAUUGACCGAGCGUAAGAACGAGAUUGACGCCAAGAUCCGAGACGCUGCUCUUGGACGUGACGCGAUAGGGGCCGGGUUUCGGCCGAGAUUCGUCAGCGACUUGAUCGAGGAACGGAGGCAACUGGUUCAUGAUAUCCGUAAGGCUCAGCGGGAGGCUGUUCGAGAAAAUCUCGCAAGAGUAGCGAAGAGGAGGGAGAUCGCUAAAGAGCUCGCAGAGUCUAACGAACCGAUCACCUUCGGUUUGCUCAUGCGAUCCUUGCACCGAGCCUACGGCCAAGAGAUGGCCGCCAAUAGUAUGGCUCACCAGAGGAAAAUACUAGAGAAGUUCGAUCGACCCUUCCUGCGACCAGUGAUAUCUAUGUUUGCUCCGAUGGGCUUGCCAAGCGGCGCCCUCGCGGAGACGAAGAUUUACCAGAACCUCAAAGAGCAGAAAGGAACACUCUUGAAGGAUGAGGAUAUAUUCAUCGUGACGAAGCUCUCGGGUUUCUCGGGGGAUAAGCUGCAUCUUUCGGUGGACUUGCAUGCUGUCAACGAAACCGCUCCUGACACAGAGGCCCUCAGCGAAGACUUCCUUCAGACAGAAUUGGAAUUCCAGGAUGAGAUGCUGGAGUCGCAAUUGACUGCGUCGGAGAAACUCCUGGAGAUGCAAUGGGAAAACACGGGGAAGCAAUCUGCGCUACAAGAAAAACUGGCGAGGAAGCGGUUGGACAGGGCGGAGAAGGUCGAAGAGCUCAGGAAUAAGCUUGCGGAGCGCCAGCGCGACCGUGAGCAGAAGCUGGCGGAAAAACACCGAGAUAAUUUGGAGAAGGAGUUCGAAAAGGAACAGAAAGCCGCGGAGAAACAACGAGACCUCCUCGAGAAAAAAGCCGAGAAACAGCGGGAUCUCCUGAAGAAACAACUAGAGAAAGAUCAAGAUUUUCGCGAGAAGCUGCUCGAGAGAGAGGCUAGAGCUGCGGAAAAGCUGGAAAAGAAAUCGAAGAAGGAAGAGAAGCGCGCUCGGAAGAAGCUUGAGAAGGAGCAGAAAAUGUCUGAGAAGCAGGGGGACACUCUUCAGAAACUGCAGGAGAAGGCAGCAGAGGAAGCUUCGAAACGCCAGGAGAAAGAGGCAGAUUUGCUGGAGAAACAGCGUGAGAAGGAACAGAAGUUGGCCGAGAAGGAGGAGGAACUCCUCCAGAAACGACUUGAGAAGGAGCAGGACAAGGCCCUGAAAUUACUUGAGAAGGAGCGAGAAAAAGCUGAGAAACAAGCGGAAAAAGAUCGCGAGUCGGAAGAAAAGCGGCUCGAGAAGGAGAAAAAGUUGGCGGAAAAGCAACUGGAAAAGGAGUUGAAAGAGCUCGAAAAAGAGAACGAUCUCCUUGAGAGACAGUUGAUCGAAUACCCAGAGCAGCGAAUUGAAACCCUACCGAUUGCCGAUGUUUAUUCUCAAAAUUACUUUGCGCAUCAACAAAUGUAUCCAUUCAUUCCGCGCUUCGGACCUCCUCACGGAUUCUAGAGCAAAUAUUCAUCGGGUGAUAAUAAAUUGAACUAGC